AUGCUGACCCAUCCUAGCAGGGAUUGGUCUGCAUCGAUCCAAUUCACUGCUAUGGACAAGAGACGCAGGUGUUCACCUUGUCGGGAGUUCGACCCAAACUUCAACUCGGUUGCGAAAGCUUGGACCAAGGUGCCCGCUGCGGAACGGAACGCACACUUCUUUGGUACCAUAGACUUCGAUAACGCUACACCUAUCUUCCAAAAGCUGGGUAUAUCAUCCGCACCAGUGGUUCAUGUGUAUCCUGCUGCUGAGGGUCCUCGUCGCCCUGCUAGCGGUCGGACUGGGCCAAUCUCAUAUGAGUUCACUCAUGGGUUUGAUGCUGCACCUCUGGCCGAGCAACUCUCGCGAUUUACCCCCGUGACUAUCCCGUACAAGGCUCCGAUUGACUUCUCACAAUUGGGAACUUUUGCUGCUGUAUCUCUAGUUGCUGCCGUUGGCAUCCGCUUCAUUUACCCUGUUCUUCUCAACCGCUGGACGUGGGCUGCUGUUACUGUUCUUGUCUCCUUGGUCAUGACUUCUGGAUAUAUGUUCACUCGUAUUCGUGGAAUGCCGAACAGUGGCGCGAACGGACAGUGGAUUGCUCCUGGUUAUCAAAACCAAUUUGGCCAGGAAGUACAAGUCGUCGCGAUGAUCUAUGGAUCAUUGUCAGCAGCUUUCCUAAUGCUAAUACUGGUCACACCAGCCCAACUGUCCCCGUCGCGACAGCGAGCGCAAGUGUAUCUAUGGACAGCUGUGAUCUUCAUCAUGUUUUCCGUUCUCAUCUCAUUUUUCAAAGUGAAGAACAGAGGUUAUCCAUUCAAGCUUCUCUUUUAG